CUCAGGACAUCUCCCCACGAAGAUGGAACCAGGGCCCCUGUUUGUUCACCUGGGCAGGGCCCUUUGCCCUAACGGGAGCAGAGCAACGCCGGGUCCACCCUGGAGAACGGGGCCCAUAAACUUCUAUCACACGCUCAUAUCUUCAACACUCCCAGACCACACCAGCUCCCCAAAGCCAGAGAUGAUGAAGAGGGAACAAGAGGUGGCCGUGCUGGGGGCUCCCCAGGUGUCAGCACCAGUGGUGUCCACCGUGGUCAACAUCCGGACUGAGACCGCCGUGCCCGACCACAUCGUCUGGUCCCUGUUUAACACGAUCUUCUUCAACUUCUGCUGCCUGGGCUUCGUGGCGUUCGCCUACUCUGUGAAGUCUAGGGACCGGAAGAUGGUGGGUGACGUGAUUGGGGCCCGGAGCUACGCGUCCACCGCCAAGUGCCUGAACAUCUGGGCCCUGCUCCUGGGCCUCCUUGGGACCAUAGGGUUCAUUGUUCUUCUGGUGCUGGUGGUCUUCCCGGCAAUCAGCUAUGCAAUAACACAGGCCAUGCAGAACCACGGAGGCUACUAGGCGCUGCCCUCAGCAGGGGGACCACGUCUCCCCACCCCCUCCUGGCUCUGCCCCACCCCCCCACCCCUUCAUACAGUUGCUGAACCCAAUAAAGUGCACCUGGAAGUGACAA